AUCAAAAUCACUCUGUUUUUUUCUCUUUAAGAAACUAACAACAGUAAAAAAAAAAUUUCUCUCUUUUUGGAGGGGUUACUUGCUUUCCCCUCCAAAAAUUCGUCAACAAUAUUUUUAUUGGUGACGAAUUAAAAAAAGAGGAGAGCAGAAUCCCAUUGUAAUUUUUUUUUUCUUCUAAGUUUCCAUUUUUCUGCAACUUUGAGGGUAUUUUGAUUUUUUGGGUUGUCAUAAAUAUGGAUGACAUGUAUGGCAGUGAUGAAGACUACUAUAAUGGAGAAUACGAGGAUGAUUAUGAUCGUGACCCGGAACCUGAAUCUGAUGAUGAUUUAUCUUGUGACAAAGCUCCUUCAUGCAGGGUAAUAAGGAAAGAAUCCCUUUUAGCAGCACAGAAAGAAGAUCUACAGAGAGUAGUAGACUUGCUUUCUCUGAAGGAACAUCAUGCACGAACGUUGCUUAUUCAUUAUCAAUGGGAUGUCGAUAAGGUAUUUGCAAUUUUUGUUGAAAGAGGGAAAAAAAGAUUGUUUGUAGAAGCUGGUAUAACACUAGAGGAGAAAAAUGACAAUCCUUCCUCCGACCCCUCAACCGAAUAUACAUGUGAAAUUUGCUUUGAAGAUUUCCCUGAUGAGCAAACGACGCUGAUGGAAUGCAAUCAUAGGUUUUGCAAUGAUUGUUGGACAGAGUAUUUCGUAGUAAAGAUAAAUGAUGGUAAGAGUAGACGUGUAACAUGCAUGGCUCAGAAAUGCAAAGCGAUAUGUGAUGAAGGAAAGAUUAGGGAUUUAGUCACUGCAAAGGAUCCUAAUUUGGCGGAGAAGUUUGAUCGUUUUAUCCUAGAAUCAUAUAUCGAGGAUAAUAAGAGGGUUAAAUGGUGCCCUAGUGUUCCUCAUUGUGGAAAUGCAAUUCGUGUUGAGGAUGACGAGUACUGUGAAGUUGAAUGUGCAUGUGGUCAGCAAUUCUGUUUUAACUGCUUGUGCGAACUGCACUCACCUUGUUCGUGUGUUAUGUGGGACCUUUGGCUUAAGAAGUGCGACGAUGAAGCUCCCACUGUCAAUUGGUUGUCAGAGAAAACCAAGCAUUGUCCAAAAUGUCAUAAAAUUGUGGAGAAGGAUGGAGGAUGCAACCUGGUACAGUGUAUAUGUGGACAGCCAUUUUGUUGGCUCUGUGGUGAAGCUACUGGAUUUGAACACACAUGGAAUAGUAUAGCAGGUCACACUUGUGGCAGAUACAAAGAAAAUCAUUUGAAAAGUGAGGAGGAUUCUGUAGAGGACUAUUGGCGUCUUACUCACUAUUAUAGUCGUUAUAAGGCUCAUAUUGGUUCGUUGAAGAUUGAAGCAUCUGAAUCGAAGCAAAAAAUACUUGAUAAAGUCCAUAGCCUUGAAUCAAAGGAGUUCCAGUUAAAAGAUUUCAGCUGGGCAAUGAGUGGAUUUUAUAGACUCGCCUUAUCAAGGCGAGUUCUCGCCUGUUCCUAUCCAUUUGCAUACUACUAUUUUGGAGCUCUGUUUGCAAAUGAAAUAACAAAAGAAGAACGCGAAAUAAAACAGAACCUUUUUGAGGAUCAACAGCAGCAACUUGAAACAAAUAUCGAAAGACUUUCAAUGUUCUUGGAAGAGCCAUUUGGUAGCUAUGCUGAAGAUAAGCUUGUUGAGACAAGAAUGAAGAUUAUUACUCUCUCCACAGUAACUGAUGACCUCUGCAAAAACUUGUACGAGUGCAUUGACAACGAUUUGCUAGUUCCUCUACAACAAGCAACUCAUACAAUAGUUCGUUAUAGAUCCAAUGGUGUGGAAAAAGCAUCAGAACUAUAGGUAGGUACAGAUAUACUAUGUAAUGCUUCUUUACUAUUGAGCGCGACUGCAGGUUGCAUUGAACGUUGAUCAUUUGAAUCGCGUUGUUCUGGCUUGAUGCUUCCAACUUCUUGUUAAAACAUUAUCAAUCAAUUCAAUUGUAUUCUUCUUAGUUUUUAGUAUAGUUAGGUUGUAUAAUUUGUAACAAAAUGUGAGUUUUUUUUCAAGUAGGCCUAAUAAUAAGUUUUUGUCAUCA